CAGACAGCUUCUUUCACAAUUAUGGGAUCAGCCACUGGCCAAAACUUUGUACCUUCAACUAUUUGUGCAUUGUGCUCAAUGACUGUGCAGGUCACACAUUGAAGAAUGUUCUUUCUGAAUAUUUUCUGCUGUAGUUUGACUCAGUGGCUCUUGCCUUCAGGUCUUGAAUGGCCUCGGGGAUGGCUAAACCAAGGCCUGUGAAUAAUGCUUCAUAGAUUCUUAUGUUACAGUCAAACUUUGACGUAUCUUUAUCCACGUUCUUUCUACUAUUCUAUCUAUCAAGCGUUCACAUAUUCUUUAUUCAAGCCUAAUCUUUAGCGAAUACUGUAUUUGCAAUGUCAGGAAUAUCCUCAAGUACUACUACAAAUCAAGCGAUGCAGCGGAAUCCCGCUAUUACCCACGACUGCCCACAAUGUCCGAGUCCACAUGUAAACCCACGAGGAUCACGAGUACUUCGGCUUCUUGCGCAGCUUCCUAGCGAACUACACAGCAUAGUGGUGCAGGGGAUGAUCGUUCCCCAGCGACCCUGUUUGGACCACAUAUUCGGCUCCUGUCUGGACUCAUGGGGUUGCCCUAACGGAUCUCACAUGGACCUUCGAGAUCUCAGGGAGGCCAUUGUACCCUGUCCUCGGCUCACAUCUCUUAGUACGUUCUUCUACGACGAGGGCCACAAGCUGUUUUUCGAACACCACAGCUAUCAAUUUCCUGUGAGAGCCACCAGGUCAGACCUGCAAAAAGUGGAUAUAAUCGGCCAGGAGCAUCGAGAUUUUCUCGCAACCCGCCUCCUCAAUUUCGUUGACCGACCAGACUGUGUGGGCCUAGGAUCAAAGACUUUCAAGAUUCAUGGCAAGAAUCGAUUGUUCGGAGAUGUUGAUAGCUACCGCCACCUCAUCCAACAUCUCGUUUUCACGGCAAGCCUUGUAGACGAUUCAAUGAAGUACCGACCCGAUUGGGACUGGCCACUCAAAGUCGACUGGCAGAGACUUCCAAGGCUCAAGACGCUGGUUCUGGACCUACGGUAUUACUCAUUCAGCCCACGGUAUCUGGGCGGCGUACUUACCCAGGAGGAUUAUGACUCGAGGAUCGCGACAGGGGUCAAGGGGAUGCAAAUCUUGAAGUUGAAGCGUCUUGUGAUCUAUGGGGUCUGCAGUGGAGCUUUCCAUAAUGAUCAGUAUCAUCAACGACGGAUGAGGUCAUUGUUUGAGACGGCAUUGGACAUUCGUGGCACUUUAGAGUUCAGAGAUUCUGCUUCGAUAGCAAACUGGUAGGGUCGUGUCAACGUCUUAUGUGAAUCUCAUCGCAGUCUUUAUCACAAAAUCCCAAUAUUCUCGGUAUCAUUGAGUACCCUGCUUCCUUCU